AUGUCGAAUUUGUCAAAGCUUGAAUUCGUGGCACUUGAUAUCUCCGAAAAAAAUUACCUCUCAUGGGUGCUUGAUGAUGAAAUUCACCUAGACGCUAAAGGUCUUGGUGCUACUAUUACCCAAGAUCUAGUUGAAUUGUGGACUGGUUUAAAGGAAAGAAUUACUUCCCAAUUAAAAUUAUGUGGGGAAGAUGUAAAAGAUGAGGAUAUGUUGGAAAAGACUCUUACGACUUUUCAUGCCUCAAACUUGGUAUUACAGCAGCAAUACCGUGAAAGGGAAUUUAAAAAACAUGCUGAUUUGAUCUCAUGCCUCCUUGUGGCUGAGAAACGUAACACCCUUUUAUUGAAAAAUCAUGAAACCCGUCCCCCUGAAACUGCUCCAUUCCCGGAAGCAAAUGUGGUAGAGCAAAUGGCCAAAGAAGAACAAAUAAUAAUCGGGGCCAUAAUAAUGCGCGUGAGCCUGGCAAGGGACGAUAUAAUAAUUGUCGUCGUCGUGGUCACCAUAAAAGGGAAAACAAUAUGGGUUCUCAAAACAAUCCUUCAAGAGGCAAUUGUCAUCGUUGUGGUAUGA